AAGUGGUUUGGCGUUAGUUUGUACGCUGUUGUCUCCGAUAUUUAUAAAGCGCUUGUUGUGCUGUAAAGUUUUGGAGCUAAUGUUACCGAAGUAGUGGCUCUAACUGGUGUCAUAUUGGUCGAAGAGUAAUUACUGCAUCAGAGACGUGAAGAAGCAGUGUAAUCUUGGUUUACCAAUCGUGCAUUGUUGACGAGACAAGGUUGCGAAGCUGCUUAUGCUUAAAAUACUGGAUGGAGAGAACGUCAACAAGUGUUGGAUCAAAUAUGGAAAUGCAUCGAGAAUCCAGUGGAACUAGUCAACUGGACAAGAGCAGACACUCAGACUGUUGCACACCAUUGUACUUAGCAACCAACAGCGGUAGCGCAGAAUUUGUCAAGUUGCUGGCCUAUGAAGUCAAAAACCUUUGGUUGACAGAUCGGUAUUCUCUCACAGUACUGCACUAUACUGGCGAUGAUGAAAGUUUGAAGCGCCUCCUACGUGCAGCUGCUCACAGUAUCCCAGUGAGAGGCAUCUUUAACACACUUCUGCUUGAGACAGCAAAAAGAGGUAACGCCUUGCGUGUGAGGCAGCUGUUGAAAGCGAAAACAGAUGUGACAGCGAGGAUCGCUAACAGUGUCAGUGCCGUGCUAUGCACCGUACUGAGCAGCUACCCAGAGUGUUCGAGGCAUCUCCCGAAAGUUGGUGUAGAUAUACAGGAGAAGGAUGGAUCUGGUUUCACACCCCUAAGUAGGGCACCAGAAGACAGUUCAGCAUGUGUCAGGCUACUGGUGGAAGCAGGAGCUGAAGUGCAAAGGAGGAACAAAGAUAAUGACACACCUCUAAAUUUUGGCAGCCUGUCCAGUGACACAGAGUGUGUGAAACGACUUUUAGAAGUUGGUGCAAUGGCGGUAAGAGAGGAUAAUCGUGGAAACACACCACUGCACUACGCAGCAUCUGUGGGCAAUGUUGAAAGUGUGAGGCUGAUGCUGGACACCGGGGCAUACCCCGAGAAAGUGAAUGAAGAUGGCCGGACCCCAAUACAUUUCGCCAGCAUGUCUGGUGACACAGAGUGUGUGAAGCUACUUUUAGAAUUUGGUGCAAGGGUGGUAAAAGUGGAUAAUCGUGGUAACACGCCACUGCACUAUGCAGCAUCUGUGGGCAACGCUGAAAGUGUGAGGCUGCUGCUCGAGGCCGGGGCAUACUUGGGGCAAGUGAAUGAAGAUGGCCAGACCGCACUACAUUUCGCCAGUAUGUCCGGUGACACCGAGUGUGUGAAGCUACUUUUAGAAUUUUUUACAAGGGUGUCAAAAGUGGAUAAUCGUGGUAACACGCCACUGAAUUAUGCAGCAUCUGUGGGCAACGCUGAAAGUGUGAGGCUGCUGCUCGAGGCCGGGGCAUACUUGGGGCAAGUGAAUGAAGAUGGCCAGACCGCACUACAUUUCGCCAGUAUGUCCGGUGACACCGAGUGUGUGAAGCUACUUUUAGAAUUUUUUACAAGGGUGUCAAAAGUGGAUAAUCGUGGUAACACGCCACUGAAUUAUGCAGCAUCUGUGGGCAACGCUGAAAGUGUGAGGCUGCUGCUCGAGGCCGGGGCAUACUUGGGGCAAGUGAAUGAAGAUGGCCAGACCGCACUACAUUUCGCCAGUAUGUCCGGUGACACCGAGUGUGUGAAGCUACUUUUAGAAUUUUUUACAAGGGUGUCAAAAGUGGAUAAUCGUGGUAACACGCCACUGAAUUAUGCAGCAUCUGUGGGCAACGCUGAAAGUGUGAGGCUGCUGCUCGAGGCCGGGGCAUACUUGGGGCAAGUGAACGAAGAUGGCCAG